AUGUUUUACUCCUACAUUCUAUUGUUUUUCGUCUGCUUUAGCGAGGCAUAUCCUUUGCUCAAAAAAGAAUUGCAACCUACUUCUCCUACAUUUUCCCUAAUAGCCUUGCACCAAGGAGCUCAGUUUCAGUCCAACUUGGUGAAGUUUGACGGCAUUGACCUCAAACUUUGGGCUGACGCACCUCCUUUUUUUGGAAGAAUCAAGGGUAACCAAGGGUUCGUACUCAAUAUUCCUGACGCAACAUUUCCACCACCAUCUCCAGUUGCUGUUGUCGUUGAUUCAAAAGGCAGGCUCACAUCCAAUGCCAACACAACCACAGAAGCACUGGGCAAUUUUGGAAUCUCCAGUUCUCUUUUGACUUUCAACGGUUCCUCGGACUUUUUAGCUUGUCCUUCAGGUAACUAUAGAAGCGAAUAUGAUAUAUAUGCUUUGACUGGAGAAACAAAUUGUCCAAAUCCGGAAUUUGGAUACGGCUAUAAUAUCACUUUAUUGGUCCAAGUACUGGCUACUGUUGACUACCUGCCUGAAAACUAA